AUGAGUCGCCUGAUAGCCAAUCUCUGGAAGUUUCAAGCCAGAUCUGCCUCUUCGAGAGCCUCUUUAACAGCACCAUCGGUGGUGUCUACAAUUUCAAGUAAAGCACCAAUCAUCAACCAUUGUCCGGAACAAGCGCAGUUGAGACGGAGGCUUCCUAAUAGAUGUGGUGCACUUGGUGUUAAAAGAGGAAUGAUCCCGAUUUUUGACGAAACCAGCGGGAAAAGAGUUGCGGCCACUGUAUUGGAACUCAAUAACGUUGAAGUCGUCAUGAAUAGAACGGUUGAGAAAAAUGGAUAUUUUGCUUGCCAAGUGGGAUUCGGAAACAAACACCCCGAAAAGGUAUCGAGACAAAUGCUGGGACAUUUUGCAUCCAAAAUCGUAAAUCCUAAGGAAACAUUGACAGAAUUCCAAGUGAAAAAUGAAUCUGGCCUUCUACCGCCUGGAACCAUGAUAAAGCCGUCGUUUUUUCAGACUGGACAAUAUGUGGAUCUCAGAUCUAUUAGCAAAGGUAAAGGUUUUGCCGGUGUCAUGAAGCGUCACAAUUUCAAAGGUCUCAAAGCUUCUCAUGGUGUUUCCAUAUCGCAUAGAAAAGGUGGUUCUUAUGGUCAAAAUCAAACGCCUGGUCGUGUCCUUCCUGGAAAGAAAAUGCCUGGUCAUAUGGGUGUUCAGCAAGUGACAAUACAAAAUUCACAAAUUUUGAAGGUGGACGAUGAGAAUUGUGUUGUCAUAGUAAAGGGUUCAGUAGCGGGACCCACUGGAUCAUUCGUUAGAAUUCAGGACGCUAUUAAAAAAGCACCAAAAUUCGACGUCUAA